AUGGCUGAUAUGUUCAAUAAAUUUGGCAUUGUCAUGGGGGUCUUUAUCCCUGCAAGGAGGGAUAAGAGGGGAAAGCAGAACAAUUUCGUUAGGUUUAAAAAGGUGCAGGAUGAAAGACUAAUGGCGAAUAAGCUUGAUAGUAUACAUAUAAAAGGAAGAAAGAUCUUUGCAAAUAUUUAUAGGUUUAAUAGAGGAUGGUGCUAA